ACAAACAUCAAUCACAAGAAAAAAAAAAUGUCAACAGAGUCUGCGGCGUACAAUUCCUCGCCGGCGUCAUCUCGCCGUCAUUCUACCGACGCAAUUGAUGCGUCGCCUUUGCUUUUAACCGGAGGUGAUAAUGACGGCGGUGGAAGGAGGUCGGUGAGGAGGCAAGGGCUGAGGGAAGCGGCGAGGUUACUAAGACAUGCAAGUAGCGGGAGGAUGAUGAUGAGGGAGCCGUCGAUGCUGGUCCGUGAAUCAGCGGCGGAGCAGCUCGAGGAGAGGCAAAGCGAUUGGGCUUACUCGAAGCCUGUGGUUGUUCUGGAUUUCGUUUGGAACCUUGCUUUCGUCGCCGUUGCUACAGCUGUUCUUGUGCUUAGCAGCGAUGAGAAACCGAAUAUGCCUCUUAGGCAUCUAGAGUCUGCAAAUACGAUGUUUUCGUUUAUAUGGUGGAUCAUUGGAUUCUACUGGGUAUCUUCUGGUGGACAAGAGUUAGCACAAGGAUCCCCUCAGCUUUAUUGGUUGUGUAUAGUUUUCCUCGGAUUCGAUGUGUUCUUUGUGGUUUUCUGCGUUGCAUUGGCUUGUGUUAUCGGCAUUGCUGUUUGUUGCUGCUUGCCUUGCAUCAUUGCAGUUCUAUACGCCGUUGCAGAACAGGAAGGAGCUUCGAAAGAAGACAUUGACCAACUUACUAAAUUUAAAUUUCGAAAGGUUAGUGACGCUGAGAAACGCAAUGUUGAUGAAGAGCAACAAGCACAAGGAGACUCAGGAGGAGUGAUGACUGAAUGUGGUACAGAUUCACCCGUUGAACAUACUCUUCCUCAUGAGGAUGCAGAAUGUUGCAUUUGUCUUUCGGCUUAUGAAGAUGAGACUGAGCUAAGAGAGCUUCCUUGUGGCCAUCAUUUCCAUUGCGGUUGUGUGGACAAAUGGCUUUACAUAAACGCUACGUGUCCUCUCUGCAAAUACAACAUCCUCAAGAGUAGCAACGAUGAAGACGGCGAGCAAGUCUAA